GGCCGGCCUGGGCCAUGGGGGAAGCCAGCUUCAGGGGAGAGGUCUGCGGCCUGGAGACGAGGGUUUAGGUGGACCCGAGAGCAGGGUACUCAGGUCCAGGGUGCGGGGCGGGCCCUGAAGGCAUCAGGCGGUAGGGGAGGGUCUGCCCGGGAGGAGCGGGGCCCGUCCGACUGCCGCUUCCUCAGGGCAGGUCCUGGCUGGAAGGCCCCGCACCCUGGAGGCGUUGAGGAGGGGGAGGCCACAGGCAAGUGUGUCCCCAGGUGCCUGCGGCGAGGGUUCCAGAAAUCUGGACGACGGACAGAAAGAAAGUGCAGGCUCUAUAGAGAGUGAGAAGAGGCAGACCCCUCUGGGUGGAGAAUGGGAGAAAGGACAAGCUGGAUUCAGGGUGUGUGGGGAAAUGUCACACAUACCCAGAAUCUCCUAAUCCUGAACCCAUCCCCCAGAGGGUUCUGAGACAGCAAAGUUGACCCCCUCUUGUAGUCCUCUCCUUCCAAGGACUUGCAGUUUGAAGCCUUAAAUCAGUAGAUCAUGUCAGAGCCCCUUUCAUUUUGGUUUCUUAUUUUCUCAGGAGUUACUUGAGUUGUCGUUAUUAACUUGCUUAGUAAGUGAGGAAAUAGGGCUGUUUGGUCACUUGCCGAAGGUCACAUACUGGGGAAGUCAAGGCAAGAAUCCAAGUGUCUCAUGGCCUAAUUCCAAGCUUUCUGAUAGGAAAUAUUUUAUAUUACAAAGCUACUGUCUCUAAAAUCUUCAGGAAAUUGAUACCUCAGACUUAUGAUCUAGGAAGAAAAAUAUGACAGUUUCCCCUUAUUAAUCAAGGAGGUGUCUGAGACACAGCUGAGUUGUUACUUUGAAGAACUUACAGCCUGUGAAGAGGCAGAGGCUGUAAAUUCUUCUGACUAAACUGUUUUCUGGAAUCUUCAGGGAUAGAGUCCAACUUCAGGCAGUAAAUGCCAUGUACUUUUCCACUGACUCUGAAGUAGCUACUUAGUAGAUGUGUAGUUGUUGAACAGUAGUACGUUAGACUCCCACUUCCACGCGAGCAUCCCAGCACUCUGAUGGGGAUUCCUUUGUAGCUCAUACUCCAAGUUGGAAGUGAGCCCGCCAAGUAAGUUUCUGCAGUUUCUAUCAAUGUGCAGAAGGACACAAGUGCUUAGAUUAACAAAGAAUUGUAGCAUCAUACUGUUAUUUCAUUAAAUCAGGAGGCUAGCAUUUGGUAGCACAGUGGUUAAGUGCUUGGCUGCUAACCAAGAGGUCAGCAGUUCAAAUCCACCAACAACUCCAAGGGAGAAAGAUGUGGUAUUCUGCUUCCAUAAAGAUUUAUAGCCUUGGAAACCUUAUGGGAAGUUCUGCUGUGUCCUAGAGGGUUGCUGUAGUCAAAAUCGACUUGACAGCAACAGGUUUGGUUUUUGGUUUAUUAGAAACAAAGACUAUAUACAUUGAACCACUGGAUAAAUAAAGAGUAAAAAUUCAGUAAUUAGGGUCCUGAAGAAAAUAUUCCAAAAUGAAGAAUGUACAGAAAGAUAACAUGAGACACACGCACAUGGAUUCCUGGGACCUGGAAGGAGAGUAAUUCAGUCUAGUCAAACUUCCAUUUUAUAAGAGAUCUCACCAGCUCUUUAAAACAAAACAAAACCUGUUGCUGUCGAGUCAAUUCCAACUCAAUAUGAGGAACUGGAGAAUUGUCUAAUGUAAGAGCAUAGGCUUUGGAUCCAGAAAGUCUUGGAUUUGAACCCUUGCUCCGCCUUGACUCCUUGCUGGCUGUGGAACCAGGGACAAGUUAGGUAACCUAGUUGGAGUUCCUCGGGCUUGGUUUUGGAACCCAGAAUACCUCUUCCUUUCCCCCAAACUGACAAGUUUUUACACUUUCUCAGAACUAGCAUUCUCCUUUCUUGAAGGGUAGGAGAGGGGUGGGUCUGGAACUUCCUCAGAAUUGCUAAAAAGUAACAUGAAAUUCCUUAUGUUCUUAGAACCUAGGGGGAACUGGACAAGAGAAUUGGUGGCAUUUCUAUCCCGGAACCAGCGUAAAGGCUGAAUUGUUGGUCUUUCAGAUUCUGAAUUCCACUGGAGACUUGGAGGAUAAAAUAGCCGGUGGUUAGAUGGUUAGAUGAAGGAAGGAAAUGGAAGGUCCCAAUCGCAUGCCAAGACUAAAGUACAAACAGGAGUAAUCAUUAUCUUAGAAUUGGCAGUAAGAGUUAUGUGUUUGCUUUGUGUGUUCACUGCUUUCCUGCCUCCUGUUUCCUCCUGGACUCAUUUGUGUGUGGUCAUGGUACCUUUGGGUCCAUUUUACAGUUAUAGGUGAUUGUGACUUUAAAUCAGGCAAUCCAGAUUUCCUCUACUCACAUGCACCCAAAAGUGGAGCUCUUGCUGCCUUUAUCCUUGGCACUUAACAACUCGCCUGCCCUGUCUUGUUUGUUUUUGUUAUUUUGUUUUGUUUUUGUCUGUUUUUUCCUGCUCAGGUGCCCAGGAACAGCCCAUGGAAAAGUUACAUGAAGAGGUGGUGAUUAAGGUCAUACAGCAGGAGUGGACAUGUUUGGAUUUCCAACAGCUACCCUGCUGGACUGUCAUGGAAGAUAUGCCCAGAAUGUAGCAUUUUUCACAUAUUGGUGCAUCUUACAUGACUUCCCUCUCAUUUUACCAGAUGUGAUGACAGAAGCCCACCACAAAUAUGAUCACUCUGAGGCCACAGGAUCCUCAAGCUGGGAUUUCCAGAAUUCUUUCAGAAGAGAGAAGCUGGAACAAAAAUCCCCAGAUUCGAAGACACUUCCCGAAGAUUCAUCUGGAGUAAGACAAAAGGUCUAUGAUUGCCAAGAAUGUGGAAAAUCCUUUAGGCAAAAAGGUAGUCUAACAUUACAUGAGAGAAUCCACACAGGUCAGAAGCCCUUUGAGUGUACCCACUGUGGAAAAAGCUUCAGGGCCAAAGGAAAUCUUGUUACACAUCAGCGAAUACACACAGGAGAGAAGCCCUAUGAGUGCAAGGAGUGUGGGAAAAGCUUUAGUCAGCGAGGUAGUCUGGCCGUUCAUGAGAGACUCCACACUGGACAGAAACCCUAUGAGUGUAUAAUUUGUCAAAGAAGCUUCAGGAAUCAAAGUAACCUUGCUGUUCAUAGAAGAGUUCACAGUGGUGAGAAGCCCUACAGAUGUGAUCAGUGUGGAAAAGCCUUCAGUCAGAAAGGAAGCUUAAUUGUUCACAUCAGAGUCCACACCGGCCUGAAGCCCUAUGCCUGUUCACAAUGCAGGAAAAGUUUCCACACUAGAGGGAACUGUAUUCUGCAUGGCAAAAUCCACACAGGAGAGACACCGUAUCUGUGUGGCCAGUGUGGAAAAAGCUUCACUCAGAGAGGGAGUCUAGCCGUGCACCAGCGAAGCUGCUCCCAAAGGCUCACUCUUUGACCACUCUCUUCAAAGGAAGUUCUCUUUUUGAAUUAAGUGUACAGAAUCCUCCUUAAGACCAAACAGCCUAUCCAAUUCAAUGGAAUGAAUGGAGAAUCUUUCAGAAAAGCUAUCAUUGGGUAGGGAAAACUGACUUUUCCCUUUUCUCCCAAGUCUAGAAAAUAAAUGUUUUGUUUAUUAUCAUUAUCACUUAUGAUUCCUAAUUUCAGUUUAUUUUGACCUGAUUUCCCAAGUUUGCCCAUUAAUCUUGAACCACACUUGAGAUUGUUCUGGGUGUAACAGAUAGAUUUUAAAUUUGUAGUUGACACCACCAGCCUUUAAAAAAUAUAUAUCAGCCUCUUAUCAAUCCCAAGGUUCUUUUCUGCCCUACAUAUUCGAAUUACUUGUUUUGCAUUCAGGACCACUAGGCAGAAUUCAUGGGGCAAAUCUAUAUAUCCUCUUAUUAUCUGGAUGAUACCCCCAAUAACUUAUUCUAGCAAACCACUCAUGCCCGUAGAAAACACCUUAACCUUUCCUUUCAAAAGAAUACUGCUUUCCCAGCCUGCAAAGGUUUGGAGUUUGUGGACUCAGAUUGACUUCAGUCCUCCAUUCCUAAGUGGAAUAGAGAUAAUUUGCCUGUAGCCAGACAGUUAUCUAUUUGGCAAUUUCUUGAAAACUGUAAGCCUAUUAUCAUGCCCUCAAUUUAAAGGACUCCUAUUCCUUGGAAGACAUAAUGACCUUCGCUUCCUCUUUGGCCACAGUAGCAAUAUCUUGGGGUUGCAGUCACCUAGAAAGGACACAAGGGUUCUUAUUACUAAACCCAGAUUUGUAGUCAAUAAUGAAGUUUCAGUCCUCUGGCAAAAGUGUUUUCUUCUUCCUACACAGAAAUUUGGAAGUAUAAACCACUCUAGUUUUGUUUACUUCUAGGGGAUGAGACUUAAAGGAGGUUGGAAAAGAAGAUGCUUUUGAAGGGAAAUUUUCAUUUUUUACUUUAGCCAUCUCUAUAAUUUUUAUUAUAAGCAUUUAUGUAAUUAAAAUAAUUAUGUAAAUAUGUGGUUUUCUUGACAAGGUACCAUUCCAUUCUUCUUAAAUUAUAAAGUACUGAUCCUCUACAAGAGGGGUCUAGUGUAAUAAACUAUAGACUCCUUAAUCCCAAAAAGUUUAUGACAGCAAAUCUUCAGCAUCUAGAGGUAAAUGAUAUCAAAGUUCUUUAAGCACUGCAACACUUUAGAAAUACUAUAGAUUUGAAUAAUAAUACAAUAUUGCUCCCAAAGAUAACCUGCUAACAUUUGAAGAUGCAUACAAGCACGUUCAUAAUAUCCUCGUAAUAGCCACAGACUGGAAACAAAUACCCAGCAACAGGUGAAGGCUAAACAAAUUGUGGUAUGUUCAAACAAUGAAAUCUGACUCAGCAAUAAAAAGAGCGUACAACGGAUACGUGCAAUAACACAGAUGAAUCUGAAACCCUUAUGUUGAGGGGAAAAUCACACAGACACAAAUGUAGUGAUAAUUCCAUUAUUAUGAAUGGAAU